AUGGUAGUUUUAGUUUAUUGUAAUUCUAAAUAUGUCUUGAAACUAUUUGAAAGUAACCAACAUGAAUUCCGACCUGGUGGAAAUGAUUAUUGUUUACAUAUGAAUACUGCAGAGUCAUAUUUGGAACUGGAUUCUUGUACUUACACUGUACAACAGAAAUUUAUCUGGAGAGAAAAGGGUACCAUUAUCCAGCUGUUGAAUCCAGGAACAGGUAAAUGUCUGUAUCCAAAUACUAAUGAUGAAGAUUCUACACUUCAAGUUGGUUAUUGUACAUUAGAUAUGAAUGUAGAUUUUGCCAUGAUUAAAUAG